CCGCCGACAAUACCGAGGCUAAUAAUCGACUCGAGUCACUCGCUCGAUGAAAUUAUUGCCAUCGUUUCUAUUUGACCAACCAAUUAUCGGGUAUCAAGAGGCAACGGGUGCGUUAUUAUCAUUUUUUGCGACAGAGUAUAGGAUAUAUUCGAUAAUACUUAUUUUUGCCAGAGCUGCGAAAUGACAUUCAUGUUUAGUUUUUCGUCGUCGGUGGAUUGCUCAGUUCACGGAUGGAGAUGGGUGAUCUGAUGGCGGGUCUCCACGGGAAGAGCUGUGUUUGGCGAUUCGUUGUUCACCUUGUAUUGAUUCUGUUUCUUACCGAUGUCAGCUGUAAUGGCCAGCAUAUCCACAACUGUACAGAUCUCGUACUGACCGAUGGCACGUUAACCAUCAAUACAGACUGUGGUGUUUGGUAUCUUGUUUGUGACGACAACAUGACGUCAUGCCUGCCAUACAACGUCUCGGAUAGUGAAAAUGGGACGUUUUCGUGUGUUUAUUACAUGGACCUGGAUUUGGAACUGGCUCUGUUCGCAGACGAAGGAAGUGGAGUUGAUACUACCACAGGGCUUUCGACUACACAAACGACGUACACAAACACAACAAGCGGCAACACCUUAACCUCGGAAGGAAGCGAGAGCAGCAUGACAAGCCCAAGUACAGGAACUCCAGAAACUACAGUUCAACCCGAGAACACCGGGAGCACAACCCCUUACACGACUACGCAAUGCCAAUCAACGGGAACACAAGGAAUAGAUGGCGCAUCCUGUUCGUCAGGUACCCAACAGACACACAGUAGUGACAGUACAAGGACGGGACCCAUGGAAAGCACUACCGAAAGCCUUGGCGAGAACGUAACCGAGGUUGAGAACAUAACCGAGAUUGAGAACAUAACAGAGAUAAACGGCACCGAUAUGACUACCACAAUUGACUAUACCACGACUGAUCCCGAGUCAGACCAAUCAGAAUGUGACCAGCUUUUCAAUUCAAAUGUAAAUCAGCAUAUAGUUCUCCGUGGCAGUGUAACAUAUCAUAACUACACGGACGACUUCAAUCGGACGUGGGAGUAUGGCGUCGCCACCUUUAACAUAAACGGUUCACUUUAUCUUGGGCCAUCGCUGAGAAUCGAGGUCCGUGGAGAGAAUGCACUUCGUGUGAACAGCACCUUCGGUGACGUCAUGAUAAACACAACAAUUACGCUCGAUCGGUUGAAUUCCAGUUCAUUCACAGUUCGACAUAUGGGUGGGUUUGGAAGUGCCAGUGGUCCCGGUGGAGCAGCUCCAAACUCAUCUGAUGGGGCGGGGCAUGGAGGAAUGGGCGGGGCCACAAACCCCUCAACACUCUAUAGCAACGCCUACUUACUGAACGACACGGAUCAUCUUCUUGGUGGAAGCGCAGGUGGAAUAUCAUCGAAUUGUACUGAGGUCGAGCAAGCUUAUGGUGGUGGUGCAAUUGAGAUUAUUGCAGCAGGUCUCAUAUACAUUGAUUCUGAAAUCAAAGCCGCUGGAGAAGAUGCAGCGGAGUUUACCCCAGAAGGACAAGAUUGUUGUCUUGGUGGUGGCAGCGGUGGGUUUAUUCGUCUUAUUGCUCAAAACAUCUACAUGGGUGAUGGUGGAUUGUUGAACGUUGAGGGUGGAAGUGGAUCUUCGGCAAUCAAUGGAACCACAUUGUGCGGAGGGGGCGGGGCAGGAGGCGUGGUUCAACUUUUGGCCAAUGAGAGCUGUCUUACCUUGGACGCAGUGAACGUUCAGGGUGGAGUUGGAUUUAAAAAUGGAGAUGUUGGGUCGAUGACAAUCAACGGAUCCCAAUGUCCAGUCAGAGAAGGCGAGAGUACUACUGGAAACGGCGGGAACGGAAAUGGCGGCAAUGGGAAAGGGAACAAAAAUCAAGAAGCAUCCGAUUCUGGAUCGAGUUCAUCUCCUGUGACGUCAGAGGGGGGAAUGGUAAAUUCCACGGGGAUGACACCCAGACUGAUGACUACACCUAGAGAUGGAAAUGGAAGUACUACAUCAACCACUACUCCAGCAGCAUCAUUGCCUACCACAUCUGCAUCAACCUCUAAAACUAGAUUGUUAACCCCUACUUCAUCAGGCACGUCCCAUGCAACAUCAGCAACAAUGCUUACAACAUCCUCUAUAAGCCAUACAACAUCAGCUACAAGCCAUACAACAAGAGCUACAACCUAUACCACGUCGCAGACAACUACUCCAAACAAUACUGUCGUUCAACAGGAACUUGCCAAUCUGAUUUCAUCGCUUUCAGUGAGUACUUCGGAAGGAAAUGUGAGUUCAAACACCAAUAUCUCAUCUUCUGAGGCUGCUACUCAACUCAGAGAUCUUGAGAAUGCAGUGUCUAAUGUAGCACUCAAUCUACUUCAAGACUUAGCAGCCGAUGAGCAGUUAAAAACAGCGAUCACAAUCGGCGAUACCGCCGUUGCUAUAGAGAUUGUACCAGUGGAUGACUUUGAAGGGUCGUCGUUUCCAUCUAGCGAUUCGAACUCCAGUGACACUAGCAUUACCAUCCCGACCGUGGUCCUUCCAGAAAAUGCCACCGGUCACUUAGUGUCAGUUUUUAUCCUUCAUACAAGACCGCCCCCUCUCGGUGGAAACCUGGUUGAGAAUAAUCGAUCUGAUGUACGAUUUGAACUCAACAGCCAAGUUAUAAGUGCAAGUGUCUCAUUGGCAGAUGAGGGCGCUGUCGCCUUCAACGAACCGAUCAGGAUCGUUCUAAGAAAUAGUCAAGAAGACGACACGGGGAACUCAUCACAUUGUGUCUUUUAUGAUUUUUCGGCUGAAAAUAAUACAGGGGCGUGGUCAACUGAAGGAUGUAGAAUAAGUGAUAGCAACGCUACUCACGUCACGUGCUCAUGUGAUCACUUGACAAAUUUCGCCAUUUUGCUACAAAUAAACGAUAUCGAGAUUUCAGAGAAGGAUCAAUUGGUACUUCAACUCAUCUCUCAAGUCGGCAUUGGUCUUUCUCUUAUCUUUUUGACAAUUGGCUUCAUUAUUAUUGCAGCUUCGUUGAAAUCUUUACAUAAUCGAGAGGCUGCCAUUAUUCAUCUCAAUCUUAUGGCAGCUAUGAUCAUUGGUCAUCUCAUAUUCAUUAUUGGAAUAGAUGAUGUUUAUUCUCAGAAACGAUGUAAGGCUGUGGCGAUGCUGCUUCAUUUCUUCUACUUGGUGACCUUCUUUUGGAUGCUGACGGAAGGGAUUCAUAUCUACUUCCGGGCCACGCGUGUCUUCAAGAACACAGGCUAUCAACUUAAGAUAUACCAUGCGAUUUCAUAUGGAACUCCCUUUUUGAUAGUCAUGGUGACCGCUCUGGUUGAUAUCGACUAUUACGGGACAGCUCAAGCUUGUUGGCUUUCAAGAGAGAGGGGUGCAAUCUGGGCUUUCGCUGGUCCCGUCGUAGCCAUCAUAGGGAUAAAUAUCAUCAUACUCGUGAUAGUCUUACAGACAUUCUUGACCAUCAAAUCUAUUAAUAACAAGUCAAAGUUUGAGCAAGCCAAACGAUCAACAAGAGCCGCUGUGGUAUUGCUGCCACUCCUUGGAAUCACAUGGAUCUUUGGUUUCCUAGCAACCGGAUCAACAACCAUCUUCUUCCAGUAUGCCUUCGCAUUGUUAAACUCUCUCCAGGGGGUCUUCAUCUGUUUAUUUCAUUGUUUUACGAACGAUGACGUCAUGAAGGUAAUGAAGCUCAAAUACAGGCGAUCCAAACAAAACUUUGAUGCCAUCUCGAGUCAUCACUCGAUGAUUGAUAGAUUUCGGUCAACGACCCACACGAAUAAAGUUUCAAUUGUUGGCAGGAAAGAAGCUUUUGUAGACAAGUCCAAGAUUUCAACGACUACUACCGAUACGUCAGUGUUUUGAUUGCAGUAAUAAAAAAAAUCUGGCUGAAAAAAGAAGUAUGAAAUCACCCAAGCUUAUAACUUCAGUAAAAUUUAGAAUUAAACUAACAAGGCUACUUAAGGCUGAAAGUAGUACUAUCCAUGUGAGUUACAUUCAAAGCUAAAAGAAACAAUUAAAAUCUGAUAACAAAUAAUGAAGUUAUCUCAUUUCAAAGGUUAGCAAUAUUUCGUAAAAAUAGUUGUACGAAUGCCAUCCUGAAUAUUUAAUAUGUUGGCUGAUGAUGUCAUGUACCCAUUUUUUUCUUAUCUAUAACAUUGAAUCAUAAUUGUUUUAUAUUUUCAUAUAGAUGUGUGCAUGUUAUGUCUCUUUUAUAAUGAAAUCAUUUGAAGCAAUGAAUAUUUCACACAUUUAAUUAGUCAAUCCGCUGAAAUAUCGUAAGUUUGUUUAUUCCUCAUCCGAUUUUCACGAAAUUUUCAUGUUUUGUUUUACUUUAUCUUACUCUACUUUUUAAAAUAAUUUUCAGCCUGGGGUACCCAUUUUACUCAACAUUUUCAUUUUGAAUAAUUGAUGAUUCAUCUAAGUUGGAAGCCCGACUCAUUCGUGGCUGUUUCAGAAUAUUGUUAGAAAGUGGAUCAGUGAUUUUGGUGGCAAAAUACUGAAAAAACAUCAUCAUGUGAUAAUUUACACAUACUAAUCCAAAACUAGGAUUUUCCUACGUAUAUGUACAUUAUGUUAUUUGUGUAAUGUCGGUCCAGCAGUUAUCUCAAUAGCAAGCAAGUGUCAAACUUUCAAAUGUAUUAAUUUUUAAAGAGUUUUUUGGUUGUCUUUUUAAAGUUUUUGUUGCGAUGGGUAGAAUGACCGGCAGAAAUAUAAUGUAAAACUCAAGAUUACGGCGUGCCUUUUAUGUCUUUCACGUUUUUAUUCCUUAGAGUGAGGUCAUUAUGAAUAAAUAGACAAUGAUGUUAGACUCUAUGUAAAGUGUAUUUUGAAUGUAUAUUUCAGGGAAAUGUACAUGUUUUUUAUGAGAAAGAAUUCAGUAUAUUAACUUGUAAAUUUUUUUUUUUGGGGGGUAUGAUCAUGAAAGAUAGAAACUUUGAAAUGAUGUUACUGUUAUUUGCAUUUAUUCAAUAUAACUUAAAAAUAUUGGAUUAGACGAAAUAAAAAUUAAGACUCAAUCUUAAUCCAGUCUUGACUCAGUUCUUUAAGAUUUAGAUGUUAUGGAAAUAAUAAUUUAGUAUGAAUAAAUGCUAAAUAACUUAUCCGUCAUAUUUUUUAAUCAAAUUAAACUUCAAAGAGGAUUUAAAUCAUUUGGGGUUUAUCAUCUUAAUGAUAGAAUGUGAUACAAUUAUCACGCUUUAAUAUAAUUCUGUGAAAAUGAUGUGUAAAUAUUGAAAGAUAAUUUAUAUGUUAUUUCUUUAUAUUCUACUUUGAUAUCAUCGGGUCUUUCAUUAAGAAGUAUGACAAUAUGAAAAGUAUAUGUGCGAUUAAUUCUCAUAAGAAAAAUUCAUUGCUAAUGGUUGAGUUUGUUAUUGAAAGGGCUUAAUGGUCACAAAGAAACCAUUAUAAAACUUACAGGAAACUUAAGAGGUAUGUGUUGUUUUAAUUUAUAUUAUUGAUUAGAAAAUGACACACACUUAUUUACCCAGAGUAUAUCGAAUCUUUUCUUUGGUUUGAUUUGUAAUUCAUACCUCUAUUUUUCAUGAGCGACUAUAUUGUGAUUAUUAUUGUAAAUGAGAUUUUUAUUAUUCAUAAAUUGUUCGCGCUAUGUUACUUGCUGUUUUUCGCGACUCUAAAUAUUCAUAAAUUAAAUGUUAGUAAUAUAAUUAUAUCAUUAUUAUCAUUGUUACUACUAUUAUUAUCAUAAUUUUAUAAGCCAAUUCAGUUCUAUAUGAAUUACUCUCCCGUGCAGCACGCGUUGUAUAACGGGAAGUGCAUUAUUAUCAUCCCUAUUCAUUCUUUAAAUGCAGAGCGCCUGGCUAGGUAGCAUAGGGUCCCAUUUAUUUAAAAAAAGUCUUUGGUUAUUGAUAAAUACAUUUAUAGUUUGGUAGUUAAAUUUCUGAUUUAUCGUGCAUUUAGUUCUGAUGCAAUCUAUUCGGAGGAGAAAAUUGUUUCGCUCUUCAAAAUAUUAUGUGCACUAUCUGUACUGAUAGUAAUAAAUGUGGCUAUUUUAAAGAUU